GCGCUGCCGGAGCUCGGCAGGCGAGCGAAGGGCUUUUGCUUUGCCUUGCCUUGCCUUGCCUUGCCUUUUGGCCAGUUCUGUUUUUCUUGGACGUUUUGUAAGUGCUCACCUGCUACCCCGGGGUGUUUAUUCAGCUUUCCUUUGGUAUCUGUGCGAACUCAUAAGCCGCGCUGAAAACUCGAGAAGAGGGACCGGAACAACAACAGUACAAACACUCGUUUUCCUCGCCUGUCGGGAUUUAAUGCGCGUAAAAAAAAAUUGUGUUAUAAAUAAAGAGCUCACGGACAGACGGAACGCAGCGGAGCCCCAGUUCCUGCUAUGAGAGAGACAGCGAAACUCCGGCGGCGACUCGGUGAGCAAUGAGAUGAGGCUCAGGCAUGGGACUGUGGCCACAGCGUUAGUGUUUGUCACCUCCUUCCUCAGCCUGUCCUGGUACACGGCUUGGCAAAAUGGAAAAGAAAAACUAAAUGCCUACCAGCAUGAGUUCCACGCUCUGAGAGAGCGUCUUCGUGUGGCUGAGCAUCGAACUUUGCAGCGUUCUUCUGAACUAAAUGCUGUGCUGGAGCAGUUCAAAAGGAUAGUGGCUUCAUCAAAUGGCAGCAAAGAGGCUUUGAAUAAUUUUUCAGAUGAUGCCAAAAAGUUAUUGAAAGACUUGACCAACAGAAAUGCUCUACAAGUGCCAAAUAUUUACCACCACAUGCCCCAUUUACUUAACAACGAGGAGAGCCUCCAGCCUGCUGUGCAGGUUGGCCUCGGUAGAACAGGCGUGUCCUUGGUGUUGGGAAUUCCCACCGUGAAAAGAAAAGUUAAGUCCUACCUUGCGGAGACACUUCAUUCAUUGAUAGAUAAGCUGUCCACUGAAGAGAAGUUGGAUUGUGUAAUAGUGGUAUUUAUAGGCGAGACUGACCUCAAUCACGUUCAUGGCGUCCUGGACAGUCUGGAGAAAGAAUUUUCCAUGGAGAUCAGUUCAGGGUUAAUAGAAGUUAUAUCACCACAUGCAGCUUACUAUCCGGAUUUGGCAAAUCUGAAGGAAACAUUUGGAGAUUCAAAAGAGCGUGUCAGAUGGCGAACAAAGCAGAAUCUGGACUAUUGCUUCCUGAUGAUGUAUGCCCAGAACAAGGGGAUUUACUAUGUCCAGCUUGAAGACGACAUAGUUGCCAAAGAUCAUUACUUCAGCACCAUGAAAAACUUUGCACUUCAGCUUUCUUCAGAAGACUGGAUGAUUCUAGAGUUCUCACAGUUGGGGUUUAUAGGUAAAAUGUUUCAGGCUCCUGAUUUGAACCUUAUUGUGGAGUUCAUACUGAUGUUCCACAAGGAAAAACCGAUCGACUGGCUUUUGGACCACAUCUUGUGGGUGAAGGUCUGCAAUCCUGAAAGAGAUGCUAAACACUGUGAGCGGCAGAAGUCUAACAUCAGGAUUCGAUUCAGACCAUCUCUUUUCCAGCACGUCGGAUUGCAUUCAUCAUUGGCGGGCAAGAUUCAGAAGUUGACCGAUAAAGAUUUUAUGAAGCCUUUACUUCACAAAAUGCACGUCAAUCCAUCGGCAGAGGUAUCAACCUCACUGAAAGUUUACCAAGGACAUACAUUGGAUAAAGUUUACCUGGGAGAGGACUUCUUCUGGGGCAUUACACCUCUCGCUGGUGACUAUAUUCUCUUCAGAUUUGACAAACCAUUGAAUAUAGAUAGAUACUUGUUUCACACUGGGAACACAGAGCAUCCAGGGGACCUGCUGCUGAAUACAAGUGUUGAGGUUUUGCCUUACAAGGAUUUAGGAUCUGAAAUACUUCAGGAGACCAAAGAUCAAAAAUAUAAGCGCACUGAAGAUGGUUUUUACAGAAUAGGUAGAUUUGAAAAUGGAAUAGCUGAAGGUGCCAUUCACAAGCGAUUAAAUCCUAUCUCAGCCAUUAGGCUGUCAGUUUUACAAGAUUCCGAAGUGUGGGUUCUACUUGAUGAGAUCCAUCUUAAAAAAGCUGCCAGAUAAUCAGAACUUUAAAAAAGUUUGAGGAUUAAUCUGUUUUAUACAAAAGAAUUGCCCCAAUCCAUCUUAGUAGCUCUCUUUGAUAAAGUGUUGAUAUGGAUCACAGAGUUCCUGGACAUAUCACCUCAUCAUCUGAUCGUUGUGGAUAUUCAUUGUUCCCACACACUACCUCCUGUGAAAUCUACUGUAAUUUUCUAUGUGAAGAUUCUAAUUUUGAAGAGUUACCAACUGAGGUUUUUUUUGGUAAUCUGAAGAUAAUGGACUGAUCUUCUCAUCAUAAGCUACAAAGGUGUAUUUUUUGUGACCCAUUUUACCUAAAUAUUGAACAAAAUUAAGAAAAGAUGUGAUACUUGUAUAAAGAACUUAAAUGUUACAAAUUUUAAACGUAAAUUGUGCAUCAGGGACAGUGAAUGUGCAAGCGGAGGAGAGAAUAUAAGGGGUUGGUUACCUUUAAUUUAUUGUAAAUAUGCACUGGACAGAUUUAUCAUAUUUUGAGGGAAUCCAGAUUCUUGAUUAGAGAAAUGUAGUAUUUGGUUUCCAGACAAUUAAGUUAAGUUCAGAAGAGCUACUUCGUUUUUACGAAGGAAAAAAAAACUGCCUUUACACAACUUUGAAUUUAUUAAGGUUGAAAUUUGCCAACUUUCCUGAGAGUGGUUGCAGAACGUCAGUUCCAGCACAUCUAGACUGGUGAUAAAUGAUGUGACUUUAUCAGUGGACUUAGUUGUACAUUACAGAAUGGAGGGCACAGAUUUUAUUUUGAGAGUCUCCUGUGCGAUAGUGAUCAUAUGCGUUCACAGGGCAGUUGCAAGGGACCACAGUUAAAUUUAGCACCCAGAGCAAGGUAAGCUUGUGGUGGGGAUUGGGGAAAGACCUUUGCUACCCCUUCAGUGGCAUUGUUUAUGCAGACCUUAGUGUCCUGUUACUGGAACUGAUUGAAUGUUGAACAGGUGGAGAGCAAUGAUUUUUCUGUAGACAUCUUAAUAUUUAUUAAAUAAAAAGAAAUGCAAGACAAAGAGACUUUGCAUUUUGUUUGUUGGGAAAUAUUUUUAAGUGCAAUCUUUGAAAAAGUAAUAGUACUUCUACAGUUCAGAAAUCUAUUGCCCGCAAGCCAAAAAAAAACUUAAUUUUCCAGUUCAUCUAUUUAAAGUUUAAUAGUUUAAUCUAUUUAAUAGCUUAAAGAAAACCGUAAGUGUUAAUAACAUUACAGAUGGAUUUUCUUUUCAAAAAUACACUUCUACAUAUUUAACUAUUGGAACGAUUGGAUGGAUAAAUGUAACGUGAUGUUGGUGCCAAUUUUAUUCAGAAUAUUUAACUGAACCAUCACAAAUAUUUUACCCUUUCCAAUAAAAUCUUUGCAACUUAAUGCUGGAAAACCCUAAACUGAUACAGCCUGUGUGGAAAAACACGGCCUUUAACUUGACAGUGCACUUGUGUUCAAUAUAAAUUAAAAAGUUGGUGUAAUUUUUUGUACUUAAUUAUAUUCAUGAUGUUUUGAUAUGUAAUUAAUGGAGGAUAUCUUUUUUUGCUGCAGGAAAGGGUAUAAAUAUUCAUGAAAACUGCUUAACCUAGCCAAAAUUGUUACCAUCAGUGAGCGCAAAAUGAAAUAAAGUGACAGGCUGAUAUUAGCGGUUUACAUUUUCAGUGAUGGAAUUUUUAAAAUUGGAAUUGGACAAUCUUGCUAUUUGUAAAAUACUAAAAAUAAAACUAGUGAAAAGUUUAAGAAGAACUUUCAGUUCUUCCUUCCUAUCAACUGCCUCGAAGUAAUUAAUGUUGUAUAAGUGUUGGGAGGGAAGGGUAGAAAGACAGUCAAUAAAAAGACAUAUGACAGUAUUAAGGAAACAUGUUGCUAUCGUGCAGAGCUGAGCAACAAAAGUUGUAUUUAAGUUGAUCCUUUCUCUAAAAAGAUACAUUUUCUAAACCCAUCACGACAAUAAUAACAAUUGAAAUUCACAGUCAUAACUAAGUAUUGGCAUAAUUUAAGCUAAAUGCAGUAAGUAUUGGAAAUUUGGUCAGUCAGUUGGCUUGAAAGUCAGUGAAAGGAGGUGUUAAUAAUUUAUUGUAGAAUUUUUUUAAGGUUAUUUCUAUUGAGAGGCUUUGAUAAUAAAUAACUAUGGCAUAUGAAUAUGGAAAAUGUAGACCACAGUAAUGUAGUUAUUUACAUGAAAAAUAACAAUUUGGUUCUGGCAAUGGAGCUCGAUCCAGACGAUCAAUACUAAUUUCAAAUCUCUGUAUAUACAAAGUCAUUUUCAUCAGCAGAUAAGAUGCGUUUUAGACUCUUAAAAUCAAAUUUUAAGACAGAUAGAUACCCAUAGUGAUCAUAUAUAUAAAAAAGAGCGCAUAGGUUUAUAGAGAGAGAGAGAGAAGUCUAAAGCGUUUUUUUUAACACAUGCUAUCUGAAACUGCUAGCGGAGAAUCAGAUAUAAUUUCUACAUUUAGCUGGAACUUCAAUAGAGUGGACAAAGAAGGAUAGAAUUCUAAUGCAUGUUAACGGGAUUAGUCUUAGAUGGGCUAAAAGGUCUGCUGGAAUAUGAUGGGCUGAAGGGCCCAUUUCUGGGCUUUACAAUUCUGAGAUGCAGCUAGUAUCAAAUGGUAUAAUAGAUGUUAAUUGUCACCUUAAAAUGAACCUUCAUGAAUGCAAAUCAAGAAGCAAGUUUUUCCAAAUAUGUGACUUUUUUUUGUUUGUGGAUCUAUAUAUGAGGUAUGAAAUAUGAUCUAUUUUGCAUUCAGGAUUUCUAUACUUGUUUGCUCUCGGCUGGUCUUUUGCAAUUGGGCUAGAUCAUGUUAUGUUAAAAGUUCAAAGUAAAUUUUGUUAUUAAAGUACAUAGAUGUCAUCAUAUACAACACUGAGAUUAAUUGCAAAAGCACCUAAUGUAGUGUUUGCAACGUGACAAGUGUCCCAGGACAGUUGUUUCUUGCGGUCACGUGAGGGUGGAGUAAAUACCUUUUGUAAAAUUACCUUGAGGCUUAACAAUGGUUCACGUUUUAGUUCUCAGGAUGGGUAACACGUAGAGCAUGUGUACAUUUCAUCCUACUCGCACUUUGGUUGCUGCUAGAAGCUACACCAUGGAUCUGUAUUCAUUGUUGAAAAUGUUCCAACAGGUUUUGCAUAUGCAGGUUGAAAACGGGGUCCUUAAGAUUGUGCCUGAGCUGUGCUUCAAUCAGUGCAUACAAAAUUAGAAAACAAAACAAACAUGAAGCUUGAUAAUAUGCACAUGAUUUGAGAGUUUGGCCAUUUUUGGACAGUAAAUCAUGCCAAUUUAACAUAAUGAUUGCUUAUUAAUAAGAAAAUCAGAAUAAAUCUAAAUUAUUGAGGGCUCAUCUGUAGCAUGUUUAUCAUAAUGAAAGAGAUUUAUUGUGAAUCAAGUGAAAUUGAUUGGUUUUUCAUGUGCCACAGAUCAAUCUCUUGAAAUACUUUUACUAAUGUUAUGGAUAUGUUUCUGCUUUGUGUAUGUUACUAUGCACCUGCUUGCUAAUGUCAAUGUGCCUUGCAUCAUGGGUCUACGUUAUUUUCAUAUAUGUGCCAUAACUUUAUAAAGAAUAUACUUGUAAUAAAGUUGAAUUUGUUAUACUUUAAAAUGUAAUAAGGUGUAGAAUGUUCUGUAUAAUUGGCUUCUUCCUGCCGUUGUGUAAUAAAUUGCUACAUUUCAAUGUUAACCUUU